AUGAAUUGUGGUCCCCAGGACGUCGUAAUAACGACCACGACCUAUCGAACGGCGACCGGCUUCGGCGUUGCCACUAACGGGGCGAUGCCGUGGCAGUUGCGCGAUCUACUUCUGCCCUUUGGCGACAGGGACUUGGAUGCUUACGUCAAAUUCAUCCUGGCUCCGAAAUCAUUCUAUGUUCACGAAUCAUUCGAUCAAGCCUCCACUCGAGCCGCCUUCUGGCCGUGGCGAAACCUGGCAGAUCCUGGAGUUCCAUUGACGCCGAUCGUCCCACAACUGUCCAGACUGCCCGACGAGCUGCUUCUCCAGAUUUCGCCAAACAUGAACAGCGAAUCGCGUAACAAAGACCUCUCGAGCCUAUCUCUCACUUGUCGCAGACUACGGGGUGUCGCCCAGGAAACCCUGUCCUGGUCGGCUGUGGUAUAUCCACAUAACGUACUGGAGCAUUUUGACCGGCUUGUCCGGAACCCCUUGAAAAUGCUCAAACUGGAUUCCAUAUCGUUCGAAGGAGCCUAUUGCGUACGAAAUGGCUCAGGAUGCUUCGCGCAGGAGGACUUUCAAUCUGGAUGGCUUCAGUAUGGUUCGCACCCAUCGUAUUCCGAAACCUUGACUGAGAUUCGACUUGAUUCUCGACUGAACAGCAUCGUGCAAGGCUUUGGAUGUGACGUCUCCAGCAUCAAACGUUCCAGAGAUCCUGCGGCAUCGACAAUCUUUGGAUUUUUACCCAACUUGACGGAGCUUGUGGUUGCAGACAGCUUCAUUGACGCCAACGAGGUAGCUAUGAUGUUUGAGGGCGAUCAAUACUUUUCCGAUGUCGAACUCUGGCCCUGGCCGCCACUCGUGCGCAUGCAGACGCAAAUUCGCAGGUUUGUUGUAAAACAACGAUAUCCAACUCCAACUUGUCUGAAUCCUUCACAUGCGGCAAAACUGUGGUUUUAUGGCUUCAGAAACCUCGUGGAACUCUCAGUGACGGCCCCACUGCUCAAUUUUGACCAUCCGGCUAGUUUCUGCCCGUACACACAAGUAAUUGACCUCCGGGUCGAUGGGACUGGGCUGCCUAACGGUCUAAAGACGCUACGCAUCUUCAUUGCCUUGCGCGACUUUGAAGACUUGACGGUGUGGCUGAGGCGUUUCCUAACUUGCGUACCCGCGAGCGGUUUUGGUUUGCGGGAGCACUGGCAGGGCUGGGGAUUUGGUAUACAACUCCUGAUUAGCGCGACGUACAACGGCUUCAUGAAAUGGCUGUUCGAAAGCUAUGGGGACACUCAUCAGGGAUUUCUCAAGCUAUUAGAAGACCCUGGUCAAGAUGUGACUACUACUUACUUUCUACGUUUACAGAUUAUAGGUGGAGAUACCUCGACACUGGCUAGUCAAGAUCGGGCAGAUUUCCUUGAGCAGAUGAUCCGUUGA